GCAGAGUGAAUAACUUUGGGGGGGAAAGCAGGGAGCUGGGCUCUGAGAGGGGCAGGAAUGGUGCUGGCGGGACCGGGAUCAUUGCACAGAGCUUCCGGACAGUUCACUGAGACGGUUCACCGUCUGAGUGCCUGAAGUGGCCGGCGCGGGGGGGAGGGGGGGGGGGGGGGGGAGCGGCGGGAUGAUGGACAAGGAAGAGGGCUUCCAGUGUCAGCCUCUGUCCCUGACAUUUACCAUCGACAGCAUUCUGAAAGCCAGCCCCAGGUGCAAAGAGCUCAGGCACGACCGUGCGAAGCAGCAAGUCACGCCGGCGUUAGAAUUCAAAUCACGGCAUGAAACGGCCAGGGCGGAUGUGAGACAGGGCAAGGACCGCAGGAAAACGGGUCAAGAGACCAUGAACGGCGGCUAUCUAACCUCCUCCUCCUCGCUCGAAUUCACCACGGACGCAAACCAUUCCGUCAAAAGCCCGGAAUCUUACGAAUCGUUCGAAACGGCGGAUCACAGCGACGAUUCCGGCCGAGUCAAACCCAACAAGAAAGCCAAAGCGCUCGCCAAAAAGAAGACGCGCACGAUAUUUUCCAAGAGCCAGAUCUUCCAGCUCGAGUCGACGUUUGACAUGAAGCGGUACUUGAGCAGCGCCGAGCGCGCUUGCCUGGCGAACUCUCUCCAGCUCACCGAGACCCAGGUGAAGAUCUGGUUUCAGAACCGCAGGAAUAAACUAAAAAGGCAACUGUCCGCUGAAUUGGAGGUCACAAGCACCCCCGAACCUGCCCCCAAGAUAGUCCAGAUGCCAGCAAUGUACAAAGAGAGCAGCUUUCUGCGAAGAUGUUUGUUACCAGUGUCUUUCCCUGUUCUGUAUCCCGGGAGCAGCACGCCUUAUCUUUGUCUCCCUGACGCCCGCAAAUAUGUCCAUGUCCUGGACGCGGACCUAUAAUCGCUUCCAGCAGCGCUUAACUGUAUCUGAGGAACUUUUAGUGGUGGCUUAGUCACUGUUUAUACUGUUUAACUGGGGAUAUAUAUAUAUGGUAUGUAAUUUGUCGAAGGCCUUUUUCUUUUCCUUUACGCUUCACUGCCUCUUUCCUAUCUGAUUCUUAACUGGAAAUUAUCCACUCGACGCUCAUCUUUUAGAUCUCUCUCGACUUGAAUUUGUUCUGAGGCUUUCCAAUUCUGAAUGACAUUUUACAUUCAGUAAAACAAUUGACAUUUUUUUUUAGCACCGCUGAAUUAAUUCAACCACUGUACAGUGUUUUGAUGGAUUUGCUCACAAUGCAGUGCCCAGUUAUAAUGUGCAAUCUUCAUUUGUAUUCGGAACUCUUCACACACGCUGUGAAGAGUUUGCGGAGAGAGGUUGAGGAGGAUGUGGAUAUUUACUGUACAGCUGAUGGAUUAGUAGCACACAAUAAGAUGUUAUACCUUAAUCCAGAAUUACUCACCAUUCCCACCAUUGUCUAGGAUUGUCCACCUCGACCCAUAUUUAUGUUUUUAAAGGCAGUGUGAGCUGCUAAUAUAAAAGCAACGCACUGCUCGCUCCUAGAAAUGCUGUUUGGAUUUUGUUAAGAGUAGGGCACUCACACGACCUGGCUUUGAUGUGCGAUCGAAAAUAAAUUUACGGCCUCUUUAUUUUUCUGUUCUUUGUUUUUUUUUGUCUGUUCAUCUGCGAAUCUCACAAUUUUUUUGCUCAGCAUUCUUUUUCUCCGAUUUGAUCUUUCCCACUGCUUUUCAAAAGUCAUGCACGCUACUUGCUGUUUUGGUGACAACUUAAACACGCACACAUACGAACACACACACAUACGAACACACACACGCGUGCAUGCUGGAAAUACAUUUAACUGGAGGUGUCAAUGACCAGAGUUUCACCCCCUAUGCCCGCCCUCUCCGACUCGUAGUGAAUGGGAUUAGUUGGCCCGCUAUUUCUUCUCUGGGGUCACACAGUUUAAAAAGAAAAUAAAUUGGAGCUCCCAACGUGCGAAAUUCCGAAGGUAGACCUUUUUUUUAAAAAAUACCUUCUUCCUGGGACCUGGCAUUUACAUUGUUUUUUGUUUUAACUGAAUUCAUCAUUGCCAAUUUGUUUCCAGCCUGGGUAUUUGUCUAGUUAACACUGCGUGUAGUCCAUUAGAUCAGUGAUAAUCCAAUUUGUUUGGUGGGAAUGCUUGCAAAUCUGGUACGGCAUCGGUUUCAUUGAUAAAACCCGAACGGCACGUUAAUAUUUGUACAUCUUUAUAUGUAACAGGUUCGAUAUUCAAUGUGAACAUUAAAACUAAAAUGCAGUUUGUUGCUCCGAA